CCUCCUCGUCCUCCUCUCUCUCUCUCUCUCUCUUUCAUAUCCCCGUCUGCCACUCCGCUCCUCACUCUUCAGACGUCCUCACUUCUCUCAUCUUCUUGUCCAGUCUUGUCUCCUCAAGCACCAUGCAGGUCAACUCCCUCCUCCGCUACUCGCGCGCCUGCCCCUUCCUCGGCCGCAACAGUGCCUCCAGCCUCAAUGCCCUCGCUCAGGUUGGCGGCAGCAACGGCCGCGCCUCGGCCCUCACCAACAAGGCCGCCGAGUGCCCUAUGCUUGGUCCUCAGCUCCGCCGCGGCUACGCUUCCGUCGCCGGCAACCGCGAGGUUGAGGAGAUCCACAAGAAGAAGGACAUCGCCUUCGACCCCGCUGGAACCACCGCUGCCAAGUGCCCUCACGCCGCUGCGGCGCGCGCCGCCGCCGCCAUGGGCGCUCAGCGCCCUCCCAAGUCGGAGGAGGUCAACCCCAUCCCGGAGCGCCCUGCUGGCACCUUCCAGUACGAGCAGUUCUACCAGGCCGAGCUCGACAAGAAGCACAAGGACAAGAGCUACCGCUACUUCAACAACAUUAACCGCAUGGCGGCAAAGUUCCCCGUUGCGCACACGGCCAACCCCGCCGUGGAAGUUGAUGUGUGGUGCUCGAACGACUACCUCGGCAUGGGCAAGAACCCCGUCGUCCUUGACACUAUGAAGCGUACGCUGAACAAGUAUGGUGCUGGCGCGGGUGGCACGCGUAACAUUGCCGGCAACGGUGCUCUCCACCUCUCGCUCGAGGAUGAGCUCGCAUCCCUCCACAGGAAGCAGGCCGCCCUUGUUUUCUCCUCGUGCUACGUCGCCAACGACGCAUGCCUGGCCACCAUCGGUGCCAAGCUCCCGGGCUGUGUCAUCUUCUCGGACGCUCUCAACCACGCCUCCAUGAUUCAGGGCGUGCGCCACUCGAACGCCAAGAAGGUUAUUUGGAAGCACAACGACCUCGCCGACCUCGAGGCCAAGCUCCAGCAGGUCCCCAAGGAGACUCCCAAGAUCAUCGCCUUCGAGUCGGUCUACUCGAUGUGCGGCUCGGUCGCCCCUAUCGAAGGCAUCUGUGACCUCGCUGAGAAGUACGGCGCUAUCACCUUCCUCGACGAGGUCCACGCUGUCGGCAUGUACGGCCCUUCGGGCGCCGGUGUCGCUGAGCACCUCGACUUUGCCGCCCACUACGCAACUCGCGAGUCGAGCAGCCCAGUUCCCCGCUCGGUCCAGGACCGCAUCGACAUCAUUACCGGCACGCUCGGCAAGGCUUACGGCGUCGUUGGCGGCUACAUUGCCGGCUCGUCCGACCUCGUUGACGUUGUCCGCUCGUACGCCCCGGGCUUCAUUUUCACGACCUCGCUCCCGCCUGCCGUUGUCGCCGGCGCCCAGGUCUCGAUCGCCUACCAGAAGGAGUGCAUGAGCGACCGUCGCCUCCAGCAGCUUAACACUCGCACCGUCAAGGGCCGCUUCGCCGACCUCGGCAUUCCCGUCGUCCCCAACCCGUCGCACAUUGUGCCUGUGCUCGUCGGCGACGCCGCCCUCGCCAAGGAGGCCUCAGACAUGCUUCUCGCCAAGCACCACAUCUACGUUCAGAGCAUCAACUACCCCACUGUGCCUGUUGGUGAGGAGCGUCUCCGCAUUACCCCCACGCCCGGCCACACGGCCGAGCAGGUUGAGCACCUCGUCUCGUCGGUCGACUCGGUCUUCAACGAGCUCAACCUGAAGCGCCAGGCUGACUGGGUCGCUGCUGGCGGCCGUGCUGGUGUUGGUGCGCCCGGCGCCGCGCCCGUCGAGCCCAUCUGGUCGGACGCCCAGCUCGGCCUCCAGGACGGCACUGCGCCUGUCCAGCUUGCUGGUGGCCGCCAGAGCACUGUCACCGACACCGCUGUCAAGGUCGCCAACAAGCGCCUUACGCACCUUAUCGACGUAGGCCCGCGUCUUGGCUCGGCUGAGGCCUCUGCCUAAGCGCAAAUGGGUCGGUCAAGUCAGUAGCAGAUAGUGGAAGAUGCAAAUGGGGGCGGGUGAUUGAUCUA